AUGAAGUGCAACGAAAUGAUCGCGACCUUUACCGUGCUGCUGCUGACGGUUGGCGUGACCGCGGUGAAGGGCGCCCGGAUCGAGGCGGAGCAGAUCCGGCGCAUCCACCAGAAUGCACGCGAGUGCGUGAAGGAAACCGGAAUUUUGCCCAAGAACGCGUUCCGCUUGCUGAGUGGGGACUUUUCCAUCGACACCAUGAAGGCGAAGUGCUUCGUGAAGUGCUUCCUGGAUAAGGCCGGCUUCAUCGAUAACGAUGGCAUGAUCCAGCAGGACGUGAUCCGUGAGAAGCUGGCGGUGGGCAUCGAGCUGAGCAAGGUGAACGAGCUGAUCAAGAAGUGUUCGGUCGAGGGCACGGAUGCUUGCGACACCGCGUACCAGAUGUACAAGUGCUUCUUCACCAACCACAAGGUGCCGAAGGAGCUGUUCCAGCUGCGUAAGGGCAUCGGUCGGAGGAACAUGUAG